CAUUGGGGUGUAGGACAUAUUAUCCGAGCACCUUGGCGAGUACUGAUCAUCGGUAGCGCUAAAAAGGAGCUAAGCGAUUCCAUUCAACAUGAAGGUUUUCAUCGUUCUUUCCGCUGUUCUGGCUUGCGCCUUCGCUCGUCCAUCACUGAUUUACGCCAAGCUAACACCCGGGGCACCGAUCGGUCUAGACGGCCGGGUAGUGGACACAGCGGAAGUAGCGUUGGCCAAGGCCGAGCACGCGGCCGCUCACAUCAACGAGAAGAUCAAUCUGGCCCAGGAAGCCGUCAGAUCGGCCGACGUGCUCACUUACGUCGCGCCGGCGAACGUGGCCGUGAUCGGCGGGGCCCAGCUGGUGGAACCGGUCGCGGUGGCGACGAAGCUGGUGCCCGGGGCACCGAUCGGGCUCGACGGGCGCGUCGUGGACACGCCGGAAGUCGCCCUCGCCAAGGCGGAACACGCAGCGGCGCACAUCAACGAGAAAUUCAGCCACGAGGCCGCGAGAUCGGCCGUUUACGAACAACCGCUCGUCUUCCUGGGUCACGGUGCGCCGAUCGCUCGUCUCUAUAUCCAUUGAAUUAAACUUGUUAUAAAAAACACACAAUAACGUUGGGAUGUAAAUAAAUUUGGAUUACCUUGGCAUGGC